UGUUUUCCUAAUGUUUUGGUGUGUUUUGGUUGUUUUACCAAAGUAUUGUAAACGAGCCGACCCGCGCCAUUCCUAAAAAGAAGCUUGUUACGAGCUGUCAGAGCACUUGGAACCAGAUGUUUUGACUAGCUAUUGAUUUCCCUAAAAAAAUCACAGAAGCCUUCAAGACUCAUACCAAAACUUAUAAUCAAGAACUUUAUUGAGCGGAAAAAUUAACAUGCUGUGUGUGUCAUAGCUGCAUUAUUUAGCAACCUAAAGAUUCACAGAAUGAAUGAAGAAAAAAACUUAUCAGCUCCACUAGGUGAGAUGUUAGUUCACAGUGAACAUGGCAAACCUGAUAUUUUAAAUUGCUGCACAACUUCUGAUGAUACAAAUGAUAUUGAACCAGAUAUUUUUAAUGACAACACAAAUUCUGGUGAUACAAGUGAUAUCAAGCCCGUUGUUUUAAAUUACUACACAACUUCUGAUGAUACAAAUGAUAUUAAACCAGAUAUUUUCAAUAACUACACAUUUUUUGAUAAUACAAAUGAUAUCAAACCUGAUGUUUUAAAUAACUACACAAAGUUUGAUUUUGCCAAUGAUACCAAACCUGAUUUUUUAAAUAACCACUCAACAUCUGUUGAUUUAAAUACCAAACCUCAUGUUCUAAAUAACUCUAGAACUACCAAUGUAGUAAAAUCAAAGGUUUCGCUAAGCUACCAAACUAAUGAUAUUGCUCAAGCAAAACCUGAGAUAGUAAAUGACAUGAUAGGACUCCAGAAGAUUUCAAGUUCAGUUAAUGAUUGUUCUGUUCAACUUUUUAACAAUACACAAAAUCAAUUUAUGGAUCAUGAAAAUGAAAGACAAAUACCCCAAAGUUGUCUAUGCCAAAAUGCAUUAAACAACCAACAAAACUUAAACCAGAAUCAACAUAGAGAAAUUGAUUCAAUAGACUUAUCUCAUCACUUUUUUUAUGUUCCUACAAAAUUUGAUUUAGUGGACAAGAAAUAUGAGUGUGAUGCUAUUAAAUUAGCAAAUACAAGCUAUUUAAGACAACAUAAAACAGUUCAUUUGCGUAGAAGAUAUCAGUGUAACUUGUGUGGAAUAGAUUUUACUUCAAAUAGUCUUUUAAAAGACCAUAUGAGAAGUCAUUUGGAAAAAAAGCUGCCUCCUGAGAACAAGUACAGGUGUGAUUUGUGCAAUAAAACAUUUAUAUCACAAUUUCGUGUAGAAAAACAUAUUGAAAUUCAUUCUACAACAAGCACAGGGGGACAGCAGUUUAUUUGUGAUGUGUGUCAUAAAGAAUUUUCUGUUAAGAAAUAUUUAGACCUCCAUAAAAAAACUCAUUCUGAAAAAAAAUUUCAAUGUGACUUUUGUGAUAAAAGAUUCGCUCUCCUGCGAUAUUUAAAAAGUCAUGCAAAUAGUCAUUUAACAGAGAAGCCACACAAGUGUAAAUUUUGUAACAAGAGCUACACCACAAGACAUAUGUUAACAGCUCACUACCACCUGCGUCAUCACUUUUAUAAAACCUUUUCGUGUACAGUAUGUCAACAGGAAUUCUACCAAAAGAAAUUUCUUAUAAAACAUAAGAGGAAGCAGCACCCAACAUUUCAUCAACAUUUAUUUAUUGUCACCAAGAAAGGAUCAAAUGUGGAAGUGGAUAAAGUAUUGAAUGGGGAAAGUCACACAAGUUCUAAAUCAAAUCUUCAACACCAAGUGAAACAAAUUAGUUCAGUGGAUAAGCAACUAGGACCUGAUUUGAGUCCUAUACAGACCGCGAUCAAAGAAUAUUUAGCCAAGAAGAUGGAGACUGAAGAAAAAACUAAUGGAAUAAACAUGAAAGUGGAUGAAGUGUUGAAUGGAAAAAACCCUAUUAAAACAAUAGCCCACUCUCAGCAGAAAGAAGACAUUAAACCAGGCCCUUCGUCAACGAAAACUUCACAAAACUCCAAAGCCGAGACUUCUAGGCUGAUCUAUGAUGAUCAAGUAAAAAAAGAUUUAUCUCUACAGUCAACAACUACAAACAACAAAUUAAUAAAUUUGCCACAAGCUGGUAACAACACACUUGACCCUGGGUCUUUAGCAAAGCAUAACGAACAUGCUGCUUCCGCCAAAGAGGAGACCAGGCCAUUUGUUCUCAAUGAACAUAAGAACCUUCCACCCAAAUUUAUAACACACAGUGAACAAUUCCAUGGGAUCAAAACAGAGACUUUUAAUGACCUUACAGAGAUCAAGACUUUACAAACCAGACUCCUUGAGAAUACAUCUCUGCUUAGACAUUAUCUUAGUCAGGGUCUAUCAGUAGAGCAUAAACAAACUGAAGUUAUUCCACCAAGAUUUCAUCCAUUGGCUAAAUCAAAUCUUAAACACAUGAAGAAAACUAGUUCAGCGGAUAAGCCACAGGAAUCUAAUUUGAGUUGUAUAAAAACUGCUAUCAGAAAAUAUUUAGUCAUGCGUAAGAAAAUGAAUGUAGAAGAGAAUACUUAGUUUUUAGUUUUUAUUAAGUUUCCUAAUUUUCAGAGAUAAAAAUUGAAAAUAUGGAAAUAUUCAUGUAUGUGAACCAUGUGAAUUAUUUGUGUCAUAAAUCCAUAGCCUACAGAGUUAAUUUAAAAAGUUAAGUUCCCCUUUAGAACUUGUAAGUCCAUAGUCCUGAUAAAGUAGAAGCCAACCCAGCGUAUGAAGGGAUAAUGUGUUCAACACUGUCCAGCCACCAUUACUUUCCCUAACUUGAGUCGGGUACUUAGGGUUCGGCGUUGUCGAGCCGGUAAAGCUCAUGGUUGCUAAACCAAAAAGUCUCGAGUUCGAACCCUCGGGCAGAUGAGGCUCGUUAGCUGGGGACAGCCACUCUACUAGGAGAGACAACUCCAAAAUCAAACAACUGCUGCCUUGUAGUUUGUUCUUGGUUGGACUAAGGCUAUGGAAGCAAAUCCAAAAAAGAAAAGCAGGCUGAAAUCUGAGUCAACGGCCUCGAUGGCGCAUAACCAGUUGACACGUAUACUUAAUUGUGAUGGAGGCAUGGUCGAGUUGGCAAAAGCUCAUGGUUGAUAAAUUUGAAAAAAAAGUCUCAAGUUCAAGCCCUCUGGCAGAUAAUUCUCGAUUCCUUCCAACACUAAAAAUUAAGAACGAAGAAUAAGAGUCGGGUACUUAAAAUAAGAAGUGUUAGGAUAUUUAAUGAUGUUUACCUCCCCUCCCUAUAGACCGUCAGGUUUGAAAGGGAACUUAACUUACUACCUCCCCUCCCUCCCUCCCGACCGUCACUAAUCUUCAUUAAAAACCUACUAAUCACAUAAAAGCUAAUAGUAAUCAUCAAAAUACAUUCGAGUACAGGAAAUAAUAUUGUGUAACAAUUACAUAGAA